AUUUAUUAAUUUCAACAUUAAUUGGAGAAAUAACCCCUAAAGAAAUAUUUGAAAUUCCUUUAACCUAUUUAAGUUUAAUUGAUAAUAUAAUAAAAAAUAAAAUAAUUAAUGAUAAUAAUGAUGAUGAACAAGAUGAACAAGAUAAAAAAGAUGAAAAUAAAGAUGAAAAUGGAAAUAAAGAUGAUGAAGAGGAUAAUAAAGAUAAUGAAGAUGAUGAUAAAGAUGAUGAAGAUGAUAAAGAUGAUGAAGAUGAUGAAGAGAAUGAUGAAGAGGAUGAUAAAGAGGAUAAUAAAGAGAAUGAUAAAGAGAAUGAUAAAGAGGAUGAUAAAGAGAAUGAUAAAGAGAAUGAUAAUAAUCAUGAUAAUAAUAAUAAUAUUAAUAAAAAAUUAUGGAAAUCAUUUGAUAAAUAG